AGCUGAUCAGUGCCAAGUCGAGGCAAGACUUCAUCCUCAGCGAGAGGACAGCGAGCCUACCUCCCCAGCCACAUCUGACAGACAUGGACCUGAACGCCAAGGCCCGUGAAUGCUCAAUAACCAAGCAGGAUGGAAAAGGCUAUGGAUUUUUCUUACGCAUUGAGAAGGAUGUGCUCGGUCACCUCAUCCGGUCGGUGGAAAGUGGAAGCUCCGCAGAUAAAGCUGGGUUAAAAGAUGGAGACCGCGUCCUGAAGGUCAAUGGGGUCAAUGUGGAUGACACAGAACAUACUAAGGUGGUGGAGAUGAUUCAGGCCAGUGGGACGUCGGUGACUCUGACGGUUCUGGAUGAAGUUUCUUAUUUAAAUUCCAAGAAAAAUCAAGAGAAUCUGUCUGAGAAUAAAGCACCUCCGGGGGAAGCUGUGUCACCAAAGCCAAGACUUUGCUAUUUGGUGAAAGACAAAGGUUCUUUUGGAUUCUCCUUGAAGACACAAAAAGGGACUAAGGGAUUUUACCUGGAUGCGCUGGCCGCUGAUGGCGUGGCGGUUAAAGCCGGUGUCAAACAAGGAGACCGUAUAAUUGAAUUAAAUGGCAAGAAUGUCGAAUUUCUCAGCUAUGAUGAUCUAGUUAAGCAGGUGAAGGAGUCCGGGGAUUCUGUCAUGUUCCUGGUUGCCGAUAAAGAAACCAAUGAUUAUUACCACAAAGAAAAGAAAAAAAUCACAGCGCACGAGGCGACCCCACAUCUGCUGCCCAACCCGCCGCGCACCGUGGAUCUGGAAAAGGCGGCUGACGGCUAUGGCUUUUUUCUGAGGCAGGAGAAAAAUCGUAAAGGUCACUUAAUUGUGGAUAUUGAUCAGAAAAGCUCAGCAUACAAGGCUGGCCUCAAAGACUAUGACCGCAUUGUUGCUGUAAAUGGAGAAUCUGUGGAGAGCUUUGAGCAUGAACAGGUGGUGGAAGCCAUCCAGAAGGGGAACAACAAGACCAGCCUACUGAUCUCAAACAAAGUGACAGAUGAAAUCUAUGCCAAGGCUGGAAUAUCUCCAUUUCUGUACCUGAAAGCUUCAAAGGCUCAAAAACCAACAGAAACUCAACCGGUAAAGCCAUCUCCUGCUCCAGAGGCAAAACCAACAGAAGCACAACCUGCCAAGCCAACCACUACUCAACCUGCAGCCACCAUCUCUUCUCUUGACCCAAAACACAAGCCCAGACUAUGUAAAUUGACAAAGGGCAGCUCAGGUUUUGGUUUUAACCUGAAUGCUAUCAAAGAUGUCCCCGGACAAUUUAUUAAGCAGGUUAAUAAGGGUGGGCCUGCAGAUGUGGCUGGAAUAAAAGAAGAUGACUUCUUGGUGGAGGUCAAUGGUGUCAACGUGGAGAAGGAGGGGUAUGAAAAUGUUGUAAUGAAGAUCAAAGAAGCAGGAGGAAGCAUUACAGUACUGGUGGUUUCACAAGAGGGUUAUGAGCAUUUUAAAGCACAAAAAAUACAAAUUACAUCAUCGAUGGCUGACCCUCUACCUGAAUCAAAGAGUCCUCCUGCUAGCUCCGACCAGAAAAAUUCACCUAACAAAACUGAGCUGGUAUCUGAAACAAAAAGUCCUCCUCCUGUAAGCUCCGACCAGAAAAAUCCACCUAACAAAGCUGAGCCUGUAUCUGAAACAAAAAGUCCUCCUCCUGUAAGCUCCGACCAGAAAAAUCCACCUAACAAAGCUGAGCCUGUACCUGAAACAAAAAGUCCUCCUCCUGUAAGCUCCGACCAGAAAAAUCCACCUAAUAAAACUGAGCCAGUAUCUGAAACAAAAAGUCCUCCUCCUGUAAACUCCGACCAGAAAACUCCACCUAAUAAAACUGAGCCAGUAUCUGAAACAAAAAGUCCUACUGCAAACUCUGACCAGAAAACUCCACCAAGCAAAGCAAGAUCAGUUCCAGAGCCCGUGGAAAAGGAAACUAAAACUCCAGCAGAAAAGCCUCCAAAAGACGAUGAUGACACAGCUCUGUAGACACCAAGACCAGAAGAGGUCUCACCUUGGCCAAACAUUAAAUACACUGGAGAAACCCGGCUGUUCUUCAAUUCUAGCUCAGUCAAUGAUACUCUCUGACUAAAGCUAUCCUACCCCUAAUAGAAGAUCCAAGGUCCUAUCCCGGGGGUGAGAGAGUUGGUUAUAUUAUAAUUCCUCAGUCUUGGGUUGAUUAUUUAUGGUCGCCUGGUAAUAAUUAAUCUCGGGAGCAUUGCAACGGUGAAAUAUUUAACUUUUACGACUUGUUUUGUAUCUUCGAGGCUCGGAAAGUAGAGAUUGCUCAAGUUGCGUGCGAGUUGGCGAUGGAAUCAUGCUGAACCGAGUUGAAACUUCUGACCUCGGUAAAAAGUUGUUAAUAAAGUGUAUUGGUGAUUCCGACUGCA